GAAAGAAAGAAAGAAAGAAAGAAACAAUAAAUUUGACCAAACAUUUUAGAAUUUAAGGAUCUAUUUGAAUAAACCUCAUUACCCAGAAGGCAGUUACUCGAACAGGAAGUGCGUCACAGGAAGUAGGCGAAGCAGCAGCAGGGACGAGCGUUCAAAAGCGCUCAGGAAGAAGUGGAGUUUUUGCCGUGUUUAUGAAUGAAUAAAUGAUGCUAUAAGGAAUAUGGCGUCCAAACAGAAGAAAGGCUUGAGGGGCUCCAUCAGUGAUGUUUUUGGAGAUCUUCUGGGAGACGACAGCGACGAUGAUCUCCAGGUGAAGACCAGGACACCAUCUGGAGGACUCAGCAGACCGGCGGGGGUUUUACAAACGCAGAGCGGGAAGAGGAACCUGCUAGACGACGAUUUCUUCAGUAAACUGGCGGAGGAGGCGGAGAAGGAUGACGAGGCUUCCGAUGUUUCCACGGCGGAUCCGAAGGCUUUGCUGGAGAGCAUGAAGGACAUGGAUGAUAUGGACGCUGACUUGUUUGGCUCAAAGAGGAAGCCCAGUUCUGCCCCGGCACAAAACAGGACCUCCAGAACCGAAACAUCUAAACCAGGAGACAAAAACAAAGCUACUACUCAAGCAGGAGGGAUGGAGAAGGAGGAGGAGGAGGUGAAGAAGCCCAGCUUGGCUCCCGCUGCUGCCCAAAGGAGCAUCAGGAAAUUCAGCUUUAUGGAUGAGGAUGAUGAUGAUGAUCAUGAGUUACCAGCUGGCAAGCAAGAUGACGAUCCUCUCGAUGACCUGCUGAACGAACUGGAUGAGGAACAUCCGAAGAGCGCUCCAUCAGGGAAAGCUGGAAAGCAGCAGGCAGUGCAGAAGAAAGAGGAACACGCCACGCCCACAGCCACGCCCACAGUCGCACCUACAGCUGCAUCUAAGAAACGCACUGAGUUGACCUUCGAUGAUGACGAGGACGACCUGAUGGACGCACUGGGGUUCAGUGACGCCCCAAUAGGAAAAGGAGGUGGACUCAUCCCCAAAAAAGAGAAUGAGUGCAGUGAGACUCCUCAGAGAGCACGCACCAGACUGGAUGAGAUUUUGGGGAUCGGGACGCCUCCUCGCCUGCUGGAGAGACCUGUAACCGUCGAGAAAAAAGACCCCACACUCGCAGAGACACAACCUCAGAAGAGCUCAGGGAAAGAUUCUUUGUUUGGGGAUGAAGACUUAACGUUUGGCUCGUACCAGCCCACACUGGGCUCGACUCCGGAGGGACGAACCUCUCGCAGACACUCCGUACGAUUCUCCACCGAGGACGUCAGCUCCUCUUCUCCAGAACGUAAGCCCACAAGCUCCACCAUGACCUCUACUACGACCUUCAACCCGGCCUGGCCGCCCCGCUUCCGACUGGCUCGGGUUAAAGCAGGACGAAGACGAAGCGGAAAAGGAAAAGCAGUUAAUUACAAAGAAGGAAUCCACAGGAACUUCCGAGAGACUAAAACCACCACGUUCUCCAUCACAUGUAGGAGAAAAACCCUCCAGAGAGACCUCGAAACCCGUGAGGAGCUCAAAGCCGUGCCUGACUCUCCAGAACCUUCCACCACCACCACCACCACCACCACUGCAGCCAAACUGGUGAGUAAAAAACUGGAGGACGAGGGCAAGGACGACUGGCUGUCAGGAGCGUUGAGUAAGAAGAAAGCCCUGGCACAGGAGAGAGAAAAGAGGCAGGAGGAAUCUCCAGGGCUUAAAAGGAGAUGGACCUCGACACGUUCCUCAGGUAGGGAUUCACGUUUACGGAAGGAGUCUCCAGUCAAACGAAACACCACCUCGACUCCACGCAGGGCAAACGAGGACAAACCCCUCCCUCAAAAACAGCCCAGCAACGAGUCUGUGGUGGUGUCUAGCCAACAGCAGAGCCCCACACCUUCCCCCACACCCAGCACAGGAGCUCAGCACACACAUGAGCGAGAGCAGAAACCUGUAGUUGUGAGCACUUCACCUGUCCAGCAGGUGUCUCUGUCUAAUGGCCUUGAGCAGCUUUUCCAGCAGCAGGCUCAGCUGUGGGGUUUAGGAGCACCAAUGGACCAGAGUUCCUUACAGAAAACAAGGAGAGAUACGGAACAUCACACUGGAGACAUGAGUGCACUACAGUCCAGGAUUGUACAGCUGGAGGGACAGGUACGAAGUCUGCAGCUGGAAAAGGAUCAGCUACAGAUGUUACUGGACAAUGUCCAAGAGAGACACAAACGAGAUACAGAGCUGAUGGAAAACACACACAGAACCCGUGUGAAGCUGCUGGAGGAGUGUGCUUCACAGCGGGAGGCGCGAGUGCACACAGAGAACCAGGAGCUGACGGAGCGGCUGGAGGUGGUACUGAAGCAGGUGCAGCAGGAGAGGGAGGAGCUUCAGGAGCAGCAUCAGCGCAGGCUGGCACAGAGCCAACAGGAGAGAGACCGAGAGGUGGAGAGACUCCGAGAGCUACAGAGGAAGUCCAUACAGGAGAUGAAGAAGGAUCACGAGGAGCAGAUACAGAGACUCAGGAGACUGAAGGAAGAGGAGAUCGAUGCAGUAACCAGUGCUACCUCACAGACCAGGUCCCUGACGGUGGUUAUCGAGCAGAUGGAGCAGUUCUCGCUCAGGCUGGACGAUCUCUCAUCUCGUAUCGAGAGCACUCAUGAGAACACGACUCAGGGCCUGGAGCUCGGCGCUCGACAGAGGAAUGAACAACUGCGAGUUCUGCAGGAGCGUCUGACACAGCAGCAGAGAGACAUGGUCGAGGAGAGAACCCGACUCAAAGAAGUCAUAGCCAAGAUGGACACACAGCUGGCCGAGCAGCAGAGACAGCUGCAGCAGGAGCGUUGGCGGGUCACCGCAGAGCAGGCGAAAGCCGAGUCAGCAUUACGGGGCCUGGAGGAGGAAAGACGCACCAUGACUCAACAAAUCACCAUAGAGAGGGAGGAGCUGGAGAGGGCCAAGAGCGCUUUGUUAGACGAGCAGCAGCAGGUGAUGCAGCGCUGCACAGAGGAGCGGAGGAAACUCGCGGCAGAGUGGACACACUUUCACGCUCAGGACAAACAGCGCAGGGAGAGAGAGUUGGACCGAGAGGGACACAUUAUCAGCAUGGCACAGGAGCAGGCUGACCUGAAGCUCAGAGCAGGAGAGCUGAAGCAGAAAGAGGAAGCCCUCCAGAGGGAGAGAGAGAACCUGGAGAAACUCCGAGCAGAGCUAGAGGUGGAGAAAGAGCGAAUGAACGCAGCGGCUCUGCAUCUGAAACACCGAGCGCAGGAGGUCGAGAGUCUCAGCAAGCUGGCAUGUGAGCGCUAUGAGGAAGGCGAGCGGGCGCUGCAGGACGCUCGGCGUGUGGAGGCGGGACAUCAGGCUCGUCUGCGCAACAUCCGCACCGAGCUGGAGCAUUUGAGGACGCAGGAGCACAAUCUACAGCAGGAGAGGAGGAAAGUGACAGAUUAUCACAGAGAGAUGGACAGAAUAAGACCCAGUCUUCCCCUGACCACUUACCUUCCCCUGGGGAACCUUUUCUGGUUCUCUCCUGCAUUUAACAGCACAGCUAUUCUUCACCCUGGACCACAAAUGAACAUUUCCAGAUCGGUUUCUCCAAAACUGCAGGCUACACUCGCCGUGCUCAGACACACAGCUGAAAAGGACCGGGACUUCCUGCAGGACGAGCAGAUCUUCCUGGACACCCUGAAAGGAACACAGCGCAACUCCACUUUACAUACGUGACUCAAAACAGUUAUUUUUCCACUUUCUAUACAUUAAUAAAUUUUUAAAAGCCCA